ACAAAAUACACAUGUAACUCUCUCUGUCUUUCCCUCUCCUGUUUUGUUCGUUGAGAGACUUGGAGAUCAAUGAGAAGGACAUGUAGCUAUUAACUUUGCACAAACAACUCAUCAUCUUCUUCUCCGUCAACCUCUCUCGUAAUAAACUCUGUACCCAUUUUCUCUUUUGCACUUUCUCUGCCUCGGUUGUGUCGCUUUUCAUUUAUAUAUCAAGCAUGGCUGCUGCUGUAUUUAACCAAAGCAUUGGGGCUUCUCAGUCCCUUGGGCAUUUUAAUACCUCCGGCCUGCAUCAAGAGUUUGGGAAAGGUUCAGUGAGAUUGAUUUCAAAGGCUUUUGAGGUUGAUGUUGGACUGUCAAAAAAAGGAUGCUAUAACUCCAGUCAGAGACACCUUAGUAUAAUUCGAGCCUCGACUUCCCAGACUUCAUUGAUCGAUAUAGUUUCAUCCCCCUCACAUAACAAAUCCAAUGAUUCUCGGAAGAAAUCUGGUGAAGCAGCUCUGAUUUUGAUUAGGCAUGGCGAGUCAUUGUGGAACGAAAAGAACUUGUUCACAGGCUGUGUUGAUGUCCCUCUGACCAAGAAGGGUGUGGAAGAGGCAAUCGAAGCUGGCAAGAGAAUCAGCAACAUACCUAUCGACAUGAUCUAUACAUCUGCACUGAUUCGUGCUCAGAUGACUGCCAUGCUUGCCAUGACACAGCACCGUCGUAAGAAGGUGCCAGUUAUAAUGCAUAAUGAGAGUGAACAAGCUACGGCAUGGAGUCAGAUUUUUAGUGAAGACACAAAAAAGCAAUCCAUUCCUGUUGUAGCAGAUUGGCGGUUGAAUGAAAGAAUGUAUGGGGAAUUACAGGGUCUCAAUAAACAGGAAACAGCAGAUAGAUAUGGGAAGGAACAAGUUCAUGAGUGGCGUCGGAGUUAUGACGUACCCCCUCCUAAUGGCGAGAGUUUGGAAAUGUGUGCUCAAAGAGCUGUUGCUUAUUUCAAAGAUCAAAUUGAACCCCAACUUUUAGCUGGAAAGAAUGUGAUGAUUGCUGCCCAUGGGAAUUCAUUGAGAUCCAUAAUAAUGUAUCUUGACAAACUAACUUCUCAAGAGGUUAUUAGUUUAGAACUAUCAACUGGAAUACCCAUGCUUUACAUUUCCAAAGAGGGGAAAUUCAUUAGGAGGGGAAGUCCUGCCGGACCUGCUGAGGCUGGGGUUUAUGCCUACACCAAGAAAUUGGCUCUUUACAGGCAGAAGUUAGAUGAGAUGGUUCAUUAGUGCACAUUCUCUCUGCUUCUGCUUUUUCAGGGAAACCUCAUUUACUAGGUAGCCCACAAUUUAUUCUCAAGUAGGGAACCUCAUUUACAGGUUUUCUCUGCUUCUGCUUUUUCAGGGGGCUUAUCUUUCAGUAGUGUACUGUUUGGUGUCAGCUUAUUUCAAGGUUUACGUAUAUACGAAAUAUAUUGUUACAGCUCUCAAUCAAGCUCACAGACCUAGCUACUUGUUUCUGUAUGUAUACUUUUUGUAUAUGUGUAGCAAGCAAAUUUAAUCAAGCUCAUGUGGUAGACGAGAAUGAAAUUGGUUCCAGUGUUAUUAUUCAAUCUUCUCAGUUUGUAAUCAUGUAAUGAUAGAUUGAAAUAAGGGUACAUCUUUUUGGCCAUUUUA